AUGCUCGGAGGAAGUCUUCUACUGAGCGGUGCUGCCGCAUUGUUUUCGGCCACGACUAUAUCAGCUCUCGUCCCUGUCCUUGACAAGAGACAGUACUUCCCAGCCAAUGCUACCGGGCUCAAGACCAUCACUACUCCUGGAUCCAAUGUCACUAUUCGCUACAAGGAGCCUGGUAAGGAAGGAGUCUGCGAGACUACGCCUGGCGUCAACUCGUACUCCGGAUACAUUGAUCUUGCUCCUGAUAUGCACACUUUCUUCUGGUUCUUCGAGUCUAGAAACGACCCUGCAAAUGAUCCAAUCACACUCUGGCUUAAUGGAGGUCCUGGAAGUGACUCCUUGAUUGGACUGUUCCAGGAACUUGGUCCUUGCAGCGUCACAGAAAACCUCACAACUCAGGUCAACCCAUACAGUUGGAGCGAGGUUUCUAACAUGUUGUUCCUUUCUCAGCCCUUUGGAGUUGGUUUCAGUUACCAGGAAGAGGAAGAAGGAUCCUUCAACCCUGUAACUGGCUCAUUCUUGAACGCAACCGAAGCCAAUGCUACUGGCACCUACCCUGUCAUCAACGCUACCGAGAUUGACACAACCGAUCUUGCUGCUAUCGCUGCUUGGCAUGUCCUGCAAGGAUUCCUCGGUGCUCUGCCUCAACUCGAUGCCGAGAUCGGUAGCAACAAGGAGUUCAACCUUUGGACUGAAUCUUACGGAGGUCACUACGGACCUUCGUUCUUCAACUACUUCAACGACCAGAACAAGCUCAUCUCCAAUGGAACCAUUCCCGGUAUCAAGCUCGACUUCAACACUCUUGGCAUCGGAAACGGUAUCAUCGAUGAGUACACUCAGGCACCUCAUUACCCCGAGUUCGCUGUCAACAACACUUAUGGCAUCAAGGCAGUCAACGAUACUGUCUACAACUACAUGAAGUUUGCUCUGAACAUGCGUGGCGGAUGUCUUGACCUGGUUGAUAGCUGCCGUCAAGCUAGAGAGACCGGACAAGAUAACAUCGCUACUCAGACUGUCUGCUCCGAGGCACAAGACAUGUGCAGAGACAACGUUGAAGGCCCUUACUACUCUUACAGUGGCAGAGGCACCUACGAUAUCAGGCACCCCAGCCAGGACCCUACUCCUCCCGAGUACUUUGCCGACUACUUGAACAUUGCUGAGGUUCAGAACGCUCUCGGUGUCAGUGUCAACUAUACGGAGUCGAACAACGACAUCUACUAUGCUUUCCAGGCCACUGGCGAUUUCGUUUACAACAACUUCUUGCAUGAUCUCGAGGACCUGCUGGCUCAGGGUCUUCGUAUCAGCUUGUUCUACGGUGACGCGGACUACAUCUGUAAUUGGUUCGGCGGACAAGCCGUCUCACUCGCCAUCAACUACACUCAUAGCGAGGAGUUCGCCGCCGCUAGCUAUGAACCCUUCACUGUCGACGGCACAGAAUAUGGUGAGGUCAGGCAAUACGGUAACUUCAGCUUCCUUCGCAUCUACGAGGCUGGACAUGAAGUCCCUUACUACCAGCCCCAAGCUGCACUCGCCCUUUUCAACCGCACUUUGAAUCACUGGAACAUCGCUGAUGGAACCGAAAUGGUCACUGCCAACUUGACCACUUCGGGCUCGGCCAACGCCACUCACACUGAGUCGUUUGUGCCUCUGCCAACCACCUCAAGUGCGAGUACUAGUGCUAGCGCCAGUGCGUCGACCACUGGUGGUGCUAUGCCCAUCAACUGGAGGUCUUAG